AAUGAAAAAAAGAGUCGCCUCCUUCAAUCUCUUCGGUUCAAUUCCACCAGCAUAUGCUUCUGCCGUUUCCCAGUUGGUGAAGGAGCUUCUGUGCAUCGCAUUCCUCUUCCAAUCUCACCUGAAGAUGCUGUUCUCUUCUGCUGCUUUAAGGUAUGCCUUCCCUAAAUCUGCUCUCUUUCUGCAAUCUCCUCCAUUUGCCUUCCUUCUUUCUCUCCCUUCCUUCCUCAAGCUGCGAUUUUGUUUUCAUUCUCAUUCCCCAGACCCUAAUAGCCUCCGAGACUCCGUAGCUUCCUUCAAUCGCUUGCUCUCCAUGACUCCCCCGCCCUCCAUUAUCGAAAUUAAUAAGAUUUUGGGAUCACUUGCAAAGACCAAACACCACACCACUGCUAUCUCACUUUAUGCCCAGGCGGAAUUGAAAGGGUUCAAACCAUCUUUUGUUACACUGAACAUUUUGAUCAAUUGCUACUGUCAAGUGGGCGAUAUCAAUUCUGCUUUCUCUUCAUCGGGGAAGAUUUUCAAGUGGGGUUAUCGACCAAAUACGGUAACAAUGAAUACGUUGAUGAAAGGACUCUGCAUGAAAGAUGUAGGGCAAGCACUGGAUUUCCACGAUGACUUGCUGACAAAAGGAUUUUGCUUAAGCUCGGUUACCUAUGGUAUCAUAGUUAAUGGGCUUUGUAAAACUGGACAAACAAGAUGCGCUGUUAAGUUGCUUCAAAUGAUGGGGAGACAGAGAAUUAAAAUUAAGCCCGACUUGUUUAUAUAUACCACAGUCAUUGAUGGCCUUUGUAAAGAAGGGCUAGUAAGUCAGGCAUCUGAAUUGUGUUCUCAGAUGAUCAGUCAAGGUAUAUCUCCUGAUAUUGUUAUCUACAACACUUUAAUCCAUGGUUUCUCCAAUACCAACCAAUUGCACCAAGCUCUGAGGAUGCUAAAUAAAAUAGUCAUUAAAGACAUCACUCCUACUCGUCAUACCUUUAGUAUAAUAAUUGAUGCAUUUUGCAAAAGAGGAAGGAUCAUAGAAGCUGAAGCUGUUUUCGCUAAGAUGAUGAAGUGUUGUGUAAAACCUGAUGUUAUUACCUUUAGUUCUUUGAUGAAUGGCUAUUGUAUGAGGAAUGAUGUUAAUGAGUCCAUAGCAGUGUUCAAUAAGAUGAUCAAAGCUGAUUUGACACUUGAUGUUAGGGGUUACAAUAUAUUGAUUAAUGCAUAUUGUAAAUUAAAAAUGGUGGAUGAAGCCCUGGAUUUGUUUAAAGAAAUGCGUUGCAAAAAUUUGCAGCCUGAUAUAGUCACUUACAGCUCUCUUAUUGAUGGCUUGUGCAAAGCUAAGAGAAUGUCAUAUGUGAAAGAUUUUGUUUAUGAGAUGCGUCGCAAUGGUCACGCUCCUAAUAUAAUAACCUACAAUAUCAUAUUGGAUGCAUUUUGCAAAAUGAGACAUCUUGACGAGGCAAUUGCAUUAUAUCAACAUAUUGUCAAUGAAGGAAUACAACCUACAAUGCAUUCACACAACAUACUAAUUGACGGUUUGUGCAAAGAAGGUAGGUUAAAAUUGGCACAAGACAUCUUUGAAUUUCUUUUGACCAAAGGUCAUCAUGUAGAUAUCUAUACUUACAACAUUAUGAUGAAUGGACUUUGCAAAGAAGGCCUUUUUGAUGAAGCAUUGGCAUUGCUUUCAAAAAUGAAAGAGAAUGGCUGCCUCCCUAAUUUGGUGACAUUUACAACACUUGUUGGAGCUCUUCUGAUGAAAAAUCAGAAUGACAAAUCAGAGAUUCUUGUUCAUGUAAUGAUAGACACAGGUCUUCUGAAACAGUAAAACAAGGUCUGACUGUAUGCUUUGAAAAGGGUACAAGAAAAGGCCAAGCUUCUCCAGAUUGUGCUCAAAAGCAAUGAACUAUUUGACUGGGGAAACUUGCUGUGAUCAUCCGGUUAGAGACAUCAGUGAAGAAGCAAGAAGAAUGGUUUCACGAGUUUGGGAUGUUCUGUUUUGAAUGAUUUAUAGGGAAGGUAAUUAUAGCGCUGAUUCUUUAUUUAAAUCAUUGAGGAAGCAUUGGUCUUUAGACCCUUGAGGUACCCCUCCCUUCAUUGAAAGGCUGGUGUUUGAUGAAAGUUCUGUUGAUGUUUUUUGUACUUUGGUGUUUCACCUUAAUUUAAUAUAAUGGCUUUCGAGGUU